AUGGAGGCAGAUGCGAUUUACGACUUUUCUGCCAAUGCCGAUGAUGAACUUGGUUUUAAAAAGGGUGGAUUCUUGAAGAUUUUAUGCGUUGAGGAGGAUCCGAACUGUCGACUAGAGGCUGAAGAACGACUCCUGGAGAUCGAUCCUGCCACAAACACGCAUUUGCAACCGGACGGUGCAUUCCUGUUGCGGCGCAGUGAGGCCGAUGGUAAAGGCUUCAGCCUGUCCGUAAAGUGA